UCACGGGAAGAGCGACAGAAGUGUACAACGGGACGCCUAAUAGGCGCUGUACCUCAAGUUCCAAGUGCUCCAGUUAAAGCAAUUCAAGAAAAAUCACGAUCCCUACACAAUCCUUUUGUGUGGGGCGGUACUCACGUAAUACCGAUCCGAAUGGAACAGUUGAAAGUUACCAAGAUCAUUAAUGAUAACCGAAUUUCAAUUAUUGCCGGUCCCCGAGGAUGCGGAAAAUCUACUCAAGUACCACAAAUACUACUUGAAGACUGCUAUUCACGUUCUCAACGUUGUCGGGCUAUUUGUACCCAACCCAGACGCUUGUCUGCUCACGCAAACGCUGAUCGUGUUGCAUACGAGAGAGGUGAGAUAGUUGGUCAAUCGGUUGGCUACCAAAUUCGAUUAGAGUCAAAGGUCUCCCCAAAAACGGUACUAACCUUUUGCACACAUGGCGUGUUACUACGUACAAUCUACGCUGACCCUACUCUUUUGAAUGCUACUACACAUAUUAUUGUGGAUGAAUUAGACGAAGAAGACUUAUUUUCUCGUCAACUCACCUUGGAGGGCCGAGAGAUCCCGCUUCCUAUUUCAACGGACCCAAGUAAACAUACCUGCAACCUUUUGCUCGGAACCCUUCACCGAAUUUUACCUCAGUACCCUCACCUCAAGCUUGUCCUAAUCGUCAAUUUAAAAGCAACUUCGUCAAUUCUUUCAGGUGGGCGUAAUCUUCAGUGGUCAACACACUUAGAAGACUCUGCUGAAACAUCUAGCUCAACCAUUUAUCGAAACAUCGAAAACCUCAUUUGGACCCUGUGGGAGAAUCUCGUCUUGCGGAAGACUUACCAAAAGAUGUACGAGGACACUUCUCCCGAUAUUGAUGCAAAGCCACUCAUUUCUGACUUACUUCAAUCGAUUUCUGUUGAAUGGAUUCCCGUGGACUACCGGCAUUCUGAAACGGGAAUAACCCCUUUAAUGUUGUUUUCGGCCGCGGGUCAAAUUGAAGUAGUAGAACGCUUGCUUAACUUUGGUGCGGAUGUUUUUGACCGAGUUCCACUUCCCAGAGCAGCGCUUCCCUCAGCAUUGGUUACCAUUGGCACGGACUUGGCUGCCCCCACGCAGUCUGUCCCAAUGGUUGGCGCAAACGCUUUUGAUCUGGCUCGUCUCUAUGGCCACGCACAUGUCGCUGACCUCCUUAAGUCAUACAUGGCCACACGCAGUCUCGAUAAUUCACUUGAUGACUGGGAAGGCAAUUUGUUGCGCUUUGGCUCAUGGUUCGCAAACCCAAUGAUCCAAAUGCCAAGCCUGUUACAGCCGACGAGGAACUCAACACUAGAGCAAAAUUAUGAGGUCUGGAAGGAAAAUUACCUUGGCGGGUUAGCAAAGAACCGACUGUACCAGGUUGCUCGCAAUUGGACUGGCGCUGGCUCGACGAUUGAUUUUGAGCUGCUUUCACAACUUAUUUUUAAAAUGGACGCUGUUUUGGAGCCAGGUGGGGGUAUUUAUUUCUUUAACCUACAUGACUUUAGGUGGGAUCCUCGUAUUUUUACCGUCUUACGAAGCGAUCGUCACACUAAAGGAGCAUUUGUCCACUUCUUCUAUGACUCAAGGUUUAAACAGGUAAGGUUUUUUGAACAAUCCGUGGGCAGGCGAUGGUGGGUCUUUGUUCUUCAUUUCCAAAUGCUUGUUGCGGAUUUAAAGCAAACAUUUCUGCAACCACCACCUGGUAUUCGCAAAAUAGUUUUAACGACAGACAUUGCUGAGAACAUUGUCACCAUUGGUGAUAUCGCCUACGUUAUUGACACAGGCCUUAUUAUGAAAGAAAUCUGCCUUCAAGCAAAAUUACUCACCCCACCAGGAGAAGAUAUAGGAUUCUGCUUUAAAUCACUCCCACGCUUACCCAACCCUCUUGCACUGGAACAAAGCAUCAGAGGUUUGAAUGUUAUUGAUGCAGUGGACGAAUCCGGUUAUUUAACAGAGCUAGGUUCGCAUAUAUGUGCCCUGCCACUCCCUCCACGAUAUUCAAAAAUGGUGCUAGUAAGCAUUGCAUUAAAGUGCGUUGAUCCUGUUCUGACAAUCGCAUGCAUUCUGGCAUGCGAAAACCCAUUUAGAAUUCCAACUACCGCCAAGGAGCGGAAAGAGGCCCAAGUAGCAAGAAAAAAAUUUUCUGCAGACUCACUUAGUGACCAUAUGGUUUUGCUACGGGCUUUCCAGUUUUGGCAAAAAGCUAGAUUUGAAGGUUGGGAACAAAGUUUCUGCCGGAAGAAUUACAUUUCGGCUGCUGUUUUCGACAUUGUCACUACAGUAAGAACCCAACUGCUAGGUCAGUUGCGAGCCUCGGGCUUCGUGAAAGCACGAGGGAGCGGGGACAUCCGUGACCUGAAUACAUACUCGGAAAAUUGGGCAGUAGUAAAGGCUGCACUGGUUGCUGGCAUGUAUGACAAUUUGGCGCAUACCGAUCCUGAAUCAGGGAAUCUUAUAGUUGCUGAGUCAUCAUACAAAAGUUCUGCAGAAGGGGAAACCGAAUCCCACAAUAUGGUACAUCCAAGCCCUCUAUCAGUUCUAACAACAAACCCUGUUGACAGCUCCCCGGUGGAUCUCAAGAAGCUCCCCCCUCAUUGGCUUGUCUAUGACAGGCUGAUUGGUCAUUGUUGUUUGAAGAAGGAUGGAAAGUCCCGAGACAAUUAUGAUAGGCAAGGAAAAAAUUAUAAUCUGAAAAGGACUAAAGGGCGAGGAAAGAUGUCUGAAGGACUAAAGAGGAAGUUGCUGCAUUGUGUAACCGUCGUCUCACCCUUUACUACUGCGCUUGUUGCCGGACCUAUUCGUUCCGCAAUUAUCUGCACUUCAAGCAAAGAUAACGUGUACGAUUCCAGACAAGCGGACGAGAAUGUCUUAGGCAAAGAAACUGGAAGAGGAAAGGCUGGGUUUCCUACGCAACUUGAGAUUGAUUGCACUGCGAACAACCCCAAUAAAAGAGCCCCAUAUUUUGAAGCUAUUGUAAAACCAGGGUCAGGUGACAAGCCCACGCAACUUCAAGAGACGUCAUCAGGCAAACAUCAGGCAUUAAAUGGAAAGCUCAAACGGAAACCCACUGUUACACUUCGCUUUGACGGAGCCAACGGUAUUCUCGUCUUUGACUGUGAAGUAGAAGUGGCCCGAUUGCUAAGUGAUCUCAGGCAAAAGUGGUGCUCGCUACUACUCCGUAGACUUAGAAACCCUGGAAAACCGUGUCAACAACAGGACGAGGCCAUACUCUCAACAAUUGUGGCAGUGCUAUCAGCGGAGGAACAGGUUUUGGGCCUUAGACAGCCAACAGGUGUUGGUGCACGACCACGUCCCAUGGCCACCGAGCUUUGCAACCAAAACGACACAAACACGAGUGCGACUGCCCCUGGUAAUACUCAUGUCCUCACAACAGAGAACCGACCAGGAAAUACUAUUGUCCACGCGAAUUUAAUGCCAAUGUUGGAAACCUGCCUUUCAACCAACCGCUUUUCACGAGGUGAGCGUGAAGGAAGAAUAGUAAGGAAUUUUAGUGAAGGUGAUGGGGAUGGUAAUAGCCCCGACCAGCUGCAUUGUAACAGCGCGGACCUUGUUAUGACCAAAUGCCGGGCGAAGAUGUGGGGCGAUGGAAUAACCGACCCCUUCACUCAAGCAAGAAUUGAAAACCAGAAGAAUCGAUGGGACUCAUGUUGUGGCACCACCAACCUCGUCCAGACUGGAAACAAGAUGGGUCCCACAUCCCGAGAUGGGACUGAAACACACACAUUAACAACCUCUGGCCCUUCUACCAACAACGCAAUUUUCGGGAACCCUGGUUUGAUUAUUUCCAACAUUCCGUUUGAAUCACUGCAGCCUCUAGGAUAA